AUGAAUUACAGAAUAGAUUUACAGGACGCAAUCAGCGAAGCCGUUAGAGAAUCGAAACUGGUUGCUUGUUUUGUGACAGACAACGGAGAGGAGAGUCAGUUGUGGGAGAAUGAGUUUCUUCAGGACCAAGAACUAAAAGAAAUGCUCUCCAACCAGUCGAUACUCUUAAGGCUUGAAGCUGGAUCAACAGAAGCAGACUACCUAGCCGCCAUCGUCCCUUUGCCAAAAACACCAACUUUUGUAGUCAUAAAAAAUGGUCAGCUUAUGGAAUAUCUCACUACUGGAGUGAAAAAAGAAGACUUCGUGCGACGUCUACUACCAAUUCUCCAAGCGGAGAAUUUACGCCCUUUAUCGAUCACCUCCAGUACGCCUAUAUCCACCUCAGUAUCCACCCAAGUAACGAGCCCGGCACGGCCUACAUCUCAAGGAACUCAAGUAUUAAAUUCACCAGAAACUUCGUUUCAGUCCAGAUUAGACGAGCGUACAGAUAAAGACCGGACGAUAGCAGCCGGGCCUAAUUCUAGCUUGUCUCCAUCACAGCCAGCAUCUGCCGACCAAACAUAUGCCGUGAUGCAGAAAAAACGUCAGAAAGAAGCCAGAGACGAACGUGCACGUAUUUUAAAGCGGGUAGAAGAAGACAAGAUAACCCGCCGACAUGAAGCGGCUCGAAGAAAAGCAGAGCGAGAUCGAAGUACUACAAACUCUAGAGUACAUGAUCCAUCACUCACCACGAUUAACACUGAAAACCCACCCCUCCAUCACGAUACAUGUGCGCUCCUUAUCCGUCUUUUCGAUGGUUCAACUCUCCGUACCAAGUUCUCUUGUACAGCCACACUUUCAAAUGAGGUCCGCAAAUAUAUCUCCCAACACCAGCCGAGUCUUGCCGAUCAGCCAUAUGAUUUUAAACAUGUACUUUCUCCAUUACCAAACCGGAAAAUAGAAGCUGCGGAGGAAUCUCGAACUCUUCGUGAAUUAGGUUGCGUCCCUAGCGCCACAUUGAUUCUAGCUCCAGUCAAGUCGUACGCGGAAGCAUAUGCAAAUAAUAGCGCAACAAUAACCUCUAGCGGAUUGAUUGAAGGGGUAGUCGGAAAUGGAUGGAGAGUCGUAAGCGGGGGCCUCGGCAUGGUCACAGGAGUUUUAGGGGCCUUUAUGGGAGCCGGUGGUGUCCAUGAUCGGGCUGAAAGUGCUCAACACACUUCAGUGAGUAAAAAACCAACAUCAAGCGUAUCCACGCCUCGACAGACAUCGAGGAAUUUACGGACUUUGGACGACAGCAGGUCUACGGAUGACCAACAGUUUUACAACGGGAAUUCUGUUAGUUUUCAACCUCGUCCCAAAGAUAAUAAUGGUGAAGAAAAGAAAUGA